AUGGAGUCAAUUGCCAUCCUCCAAAAAGGAAAAGGCCUCACCCAAGGGAUUGUUACUCUACCUCCCCUAAAGGAGCAUCAGGUUUACAUAAAGGUUGAAUACGCGGCCUUCAAUCCAACUGAUCGCCUGGCUCUUGACGUCGACGCCUUCGGAGAUGACGCAGUACUGGGCUGUGACUUCGCCGGUCAAGUGGUGGAUGCCCAUUCAACUGUGACCAAAUUGAAGCCGGGCCACAGUAUUGCUGGCUUUGUUUGGGGUGGAGAGAUCAAGGGCCUAGGAGCCUACUCGAUGUACACAAUCGCUGAUGAGCGACUGUCCUUUAAGAUACCCGAAAACAUUAAUCCAGCCGAGGCUUCUUCAGUUCCAUUGGCUGCUAAUACAGCAUGGCUUGCUCUCUUCUCUGAUGACUGCCUUGCACUCAAUCCAAACAAUACAGGAAACAAAACAACCGUGGGUUACUUCGCUAUUCAGCUCGCCAAGCUUCAUAAUAUCGAAGUCGCUACAACCUGCAGCCCUCAGAACUUCGAUAAGAUGCGACAAGCUGGCGCAACUCAUGUCUUUGACUACAACGAUGAGGAGGUUGUAUCCAAGAUUCGAUCAGCACUGCCAAACCUGCAGCACGUCUUUGAUACAGUGGGCAACGAAACCUCCUCAGCGACUGCGGCUAGAUCGAUAAGCCAACCAGAAGGCGUGCUAUGUACCGUUCGCCCAGGCAAGGCAAACACCCAAGACGUUCCGUCUCAUAUUAAAGUCACGGAUGUAUUUGUCUUUACUGCUUUCCCUACAGAGCAUAGCUAUCGAGGCAAGGCGCAUUGGCCUGUGAAAAUGAAUGAUCACAAACUCAGUGCCAAUUUUCAUGGUCAGUUAGAGACAUUACUCGGAAACGGAACUCUCAAGCCAUCUCCGGUCCGUCUUAUGGGACAGCUCAGUCCGUCUACAGUCGACAAGGCGAUGGAUUUAAACCGCCAGGGCUCUGUGUCGGGUGAAAAGCUUGUCUUUGAAGGCUUCGCUUAG